CCUCUUCACAGGAUUCCUGUUUUCCUGCAGGCUUUGCAAAGUCUGAAGAAGGCCCUUCAGCCAGCAGUGACCGGGAUCUCCCUGAGCUGGGAGUUGCCUCCAGGCCUCGAGGCCACACUGGUGGGGUCAGGCCCUCAGGUCAUUUUCCAAGGGCAGCGCUGCCUCGUCUAUGCCCAGAUCCAUGGGCAACUUCAGACAUCAGGCUCCACGGAGGGGACAGCAGUUGUUCGGUAUAAUUUCCAAAACGAGACUCCCACAGAAACGAUAAAGAUCUCACUCCGUCUUGAGAAGACAGACAGGCUCCCUGUUCACCGUCUUGCAGCUCAGGCAGUGUUGCAGGAAUUAGAGGAGGCCAAGGAGAAGGUGGAAGAAAAGCGGCACCUGGCACUAGAGAUAAGCCUGAACUCGGGGGUGGUGUGUUCCCAGACAGCCUACGUGGGUGUGAACACGGAGCUGGGCAAGCCGGUUCAAGGACCUCUCCUCCACCGAGACGUCCCCCUUUCACUUCCGGUUUUCAGCAGGAGAUCAAGAUCAGUCGGCUGUGCAAUGUUGCCACCACCUUUACCUUCAAUAGUAGGAUGCAGCUUUAUAGGUUCGGCUAAAUUUCAAGGGGCAAGUUUGUAUGCCAACCUGGAAGGUAAUUCCUGUCAAUCAUUGGGCAAAGUUAACAAAAGAAAUGCUGUUCUAAUUAACUUCCUUUAUAUUCUGUAUGAGGGUCAAAGAUGGGAUGCAUUACAGGUGGUCCCCAGUUUAAGAACGGGUUCCAUUCCCAAGGUCUGUCCUUAAGAUGAAUUUGUAUGUAA